AUGAACAAGAUGAAAACGAAGCAAAUCACAGAACCACACGAGCUGAUUGAUCAUUUAAAUGACACAACGAUUGAAAUAUCAGACGUACGCAUUUUGAGUGCUGAUGUGAUUGAAUUGACGUAUAAGAAGAUAGAAGAGGAUGCAGUAAAGGGGUCCAAGACCAACAUAUUCAUAGCAGCAUUUACCACCUGUCAGGCCCGUCUUAAGCUUUAUGAAUCUUUGGAGGCGUUGGGCGAUCGAGUCUUGUAUAAUGAUACAGACUUGGUCAUUUACACGUGGAAGCCAGGUCAAACAAAAAUUCCCUUAGGUGAUUACCUUGGCGAUAUGACCAAUGAAUUGGAUGAAGGGGAUUACAUCGUGGAAUUUGCGUGAGGGGGUGCCAAGAACUAUGGGUAUGCGACGAAACAUGGGAAAAUCGUGUGUUAAGUUCGUGGCUUUUCCCUAAACGUGCGUGGUGCCAAACAGCUUAAUUAUCAGGUCAUGAGGCAAAAUAUUUUGGAUGAAAUUUUAGACCCGCAGGACGAAAGAAGAGACACUGACAUUGUGAACCCGAGACAUUUUAAGCGUGAUCCAAUUGCCAAGAAGAUUAAGACAGAAACACAAGUCAAAAAAUAUGGUUUGGUAUUCGACAAGCGGGUACUUUAUGUAGGAACAUUUAAAUCGUAUCCCUACGUAUAUGCCCAGUUUACAGGAUUCGAUGCACAAGACAUUUUAAACAUUGAAACACUUAUAUGA